AUGGCGUUCACAACUUUUAUGAUCACCUUCUUCAUUAUCCUCCUGAUUAUUCCCUGCAAAUUUCCACGUUCAAGUGCACAAACAUGGAUCAAAGCUGGCUACUGGUAUUCCGCCAACCAAUUAGAAGUUUCAGAGAUCAACUCAGCUCUCUUCACCCACCUCAUCUGCGGUUUUGCAUCCCUCAACUCCUCCACAUACCAAGUCUCCGUCGCUUCAUCAGAUGAAAGGCAGCUUUCCCAUUUCACCAACACUGUCAAACGAAAGAAUCCACAUAUUGUCACACUUCUAUCAGUAUUUGGAAUAGAGGACAAUGGAUUAGUUCUAUCCUCGAUGAUCAACCAAUCUUCUUAUAGGAAAGCUUUCAUUGACUCCUCAAUAAUUACAGCUAGAUCCUACGGGUUUCACGGCCUGGACUUAUAUGUAUCUUCAUCAAUUGCUGAUCCUCAAACGGCCAAUAUGGCCAUCUUCUUGUCCGAAUGGCGAGCUGCCAUUGAAGAGGACGCAAGAAACUCCACCUACUUCAAGCUUAUUAUAACAAUGACUGGUCGUUUCUCUCCAUACGCUGACAUUACAACUGUGCCAAUUGGGUCUAUGACCAGCAACUUGGACUGGAUACAUCUUAUGGCUUUUGAAAAUUCUGACAUUCCAUGGUAUUUCAAUUUCACAGGUGCUUACGCCGCUUUGUAUAAUCCAGGGAGCAAUGCAAGUACAGAUUAUAGUGUUAAUGCAUGGAUUAAUGCGGGAUUUCCGAGCAUGAAGCUUGUUUUGGGGUUGCCUUUCUAUGGCCUUGCAUGGACGCUUGUGAACCCUAAUGAUAAUGUAAUUGGUGCACCAGCAAAGGGGCCAGGAAUUACAGAAGAUGGAUGGAUCUCCUAUAGGGACAUCAAGGCGUUUAUGAAGAGAAAUCGAGUUGUUCCCAAGUACAAUAAAACUUACGUAACGAACUACUGCAGGAAUGAAUCACUUUGGAUUAGUUUUAAUGAUGUUGAGGCGGUAAAAACUAAGGUUGAAUAUGCAAGACAAAAGAACUUACUGGGUUAUUUCGCAUGGCAAGUCUCCUAUGAUGAUAAUUGGAUUCUUUCUCAAGCAGCAGGAUCAAUGGACAAAGGAAAGGAAUCACAGCCAAUACCUAGAGCUAAUAUGUCAUGCACUGGAAAUAACAAAGAUCCUAAUUUGCUUGAGUUUCAUUUCAUUGAUAUUGAGGCGGCUACUAAUAAUUUUUCAUUUGAAAAUAAGCUUGGAGAGGGUGGAUAUGGACCAGUUUACAAGGGUAAAUUCAAGAACGAACAAGAAAUAGCAGUGAAGAGACUUUCAAAGACUUCCAAACAAGGAUAUGAAGAGUUUAAGAAUGAGGUUAUGUUCACCGAGAAGCUGCAACACGUAAAUCUCAUCAAGGUUCUCGGGUAUUGUGUUGAAAGAGGAGAACAAAUGUUGAUCUAUGAGUAUAUGCCAAACAAAAGCUUAGAUUACUAUAUCUAUGGGGUUGUUCAAGGACUCUUAUAUCUCCAAGAAUACUCGAGAUUCAUAACAAUCCAUCGAGAUUUGAAAGUGAGCAAUAUUUUGUUGGAUAAUGAGAUGAAGCCAAAGAUUUCAGAUUUUGGAAUGGCGAGAAUUUUUCCAAAAGACGAGCUUGAAGCAAACACAAGCAAGAUUGUUGGAACAUUUGGAUAUAUUCCCCCUGAAUAUGCACAACGAGGUAUAUACUCUACAAAAUCUGACGUAUACAGUUUUGGAGUUAUACUUCUGCAAAUCAUAAGCGGAAAGUUGAAUAAUUACUCCCAUGGCCUGAACCAAAACUCAAACCUUCUUGAAUAUGCUUAUGAGUUGUGGAAGGAAGGCAAAGGCAUGGAGUUUAUGGACCCGUCACUAGAUGACACAAACUCUUCAUGUAAACUGAUGAGAUGCAUGCAAGUAGCGUUGCUAUGCGUCCAAGAGAAUCCAGCUGAUAGGCCUUCCAUGUCGGAAGUAUCUUCCAUGCUCAAAUUUGAAACUGCAACCGUGAAUGCUCCAAAGUGUCCUAAUUCUUCUUUGUUAGGAUCAAAAGAUGAAGCCGGGCUGCAAGAUUUUCUAUUAUACCAACAAACUGGGUCAGUUGAUGAUGUCACUAUUACUCAAGUGCUGGCCAGAUAA